CUCCGUGUCGGUUGGGCUUGAGUGGAUUAAAAAUUUUACCUGCGAUUCUUCUAAAGAAUUAUAUAAAAAGUGAAAACAAAGGAUUUUCCAGUGGAAGUUUUUAAGACAUUCUUGAGGAUUACCUUUUCUCAAUAAGCACAACAGAGAGGAGAGUGGCCAAGGUAGCCGAUGACCACAGUCAACUCAAUUGAUUUGCCAUCCAUUGUGAAUGAUCUCUCAAUAGCCAUGUAAAGGGUCUGCUGACGAUUCUGACAAUGCUCUUUGUGAUUGUGGUGCUUCUGGCCACAAUUGUGGCUCUAAGUGGCGCCCAGAGAGAUGCCUACUGUCCUCCACAGGAGAUUAUCCUGCCAUGUCGAUGCUCCCAGCGAGGGGAUGAAGUUCAAAUUUGGUGCUCCCAUUCCGAUCUCCCGAGAGUUCUCACGGGAAUCAAAUCCGUAGCCAAGACAAUGAAUCACCGGCAGAUAGAUGAGUUAAUUCUGGAGAAUAAUCUCCUGCCAUCCUUUCCCGGGCGAGCAUUUUCGCCCCUUCGUGUCCUGCGUCUGAUGCUGCGCCACAAUGGCCUAGAACGGCUCUCAAGUGGCUGGCUAAAUGAUCUCGAGGACAGCCUCGUGGAGGUGUUCAUUGUGGAGAGAAAUCUCCGGAGUGUGCCUAUAGACAGCCUCGCGGGGCUCCGGAAGCUCGAGGCAGUCACGAUUCAGAGUGAGGCACUCAAGAGAGCGCCGGACUUUUCGAAUCUGCCGCGAUUGCGGUACAUAAAUAUUCAGAGCGCAUCUCUGAUAGAAUUGUCUCCAAUGGGCUUCCGGCAGUUGAUUAAUCUGGACACAGUCAUCAUCACGGGCAGUGGGAAGCUCAAUCGUCUCGAAGCUGGACUGUUUCACGAUCUCCCGCGACUGAAGACUAUCGAUGUGUCCAGGAAUGGGAUCAAUUGGAUUCAUUUGAGAGCCAUGGCAAGAUUGCCUCAGCUGCAAGUGCUUCAGCUCAGUGGGAAUAGGAUCACAGAUGCAGGAAUGGUGGGAAGAGCCAUAAAGGAUUUGAGUAAUUUGGAAGUGCUGAAGCUGGACUCCAAUAGGAUUACAACUCUGGGAGAGGGAAGUUUUGUGGAUUUGCCGUCUCUGAAAGAAUUGCAUUUGAAUAGCAAUGCCAUUACUGAGAUCCACCAUGGAGCUUUUCAUAGGACACCUAAUCUCAAGAUUGUCCACCUGGAGAGUAACUACCUGAGGAGAGUUCAUCCUGAAUCAUUCCUUCAGGCAUCCGGAAGUGGUGUGGAACUGCUGCAUUUGCAGGAGAAUGAAAUUGGGAGGAUUGAGGAGCUGAGAUCACUUCUGGAUGCUCUGCCUAGGCUAAAAUUCCUCGAUCUCAGUCACAAUAAACUCGAAGUUAUUCCUUUUGGGGCUCUGAGGGGACAUGGAACUCUUGAGCAAUUGUAUUUGGAUAACAAUAUGAUCAGGAUGAUUGAUAGGGAUGCAUUCAUGGCGAUGCCGGGAUUGAGGGAGCUCAGGCUCAAGAAUAAUUCCCUUUCGGACAUUCUUCCGAUGCCUUUUUGGAAUUUGCCAGGGCUUAAAGGAUUGGAUUUGUCGGAGAAUCAUUUUCAGAGGAUUGAGCCACAAUUGCUCAUGGGAUUGCCAUCUCUGCGGAGAUUGGAUGUGUCCAGGAAUACUCUGAUUGACAUCAAUCCUUCAGCUUUUAUGCGAACUCCCAUGCUAGAGACUGUAGAUUUGUCCGGGAAUGGCAUAUCUGCCCUCCAUCCGGCUACUCUGAGGAAUCUCGAUCGACUCUUUGAGAUAGAUGUCAGUGACAAUCAUCUGCAGGAGAUGGUUCCUGGCCUGCCAAUGGCAGUUGAAAGGAUAACUGUGCACAACAAUAAGAUUACGAGCCUGAGUCAGGGACAAACGCUGCAUUUGCCGAAUGUGAGGAUGCUGGAUUUGAGCGGGAAUAUGCUGCAGAGAUUGCCAAGGGGAACGUUCCAGCAGAUGCCUCAGCUGAGAUCACUCAAUAUGGCCCAGAAUGGCAUCCUGGGUCUCGAUGAUGACAGCCUGGCUGGCCUGAUGCGCCUGGAAGUGCUAGAUCUCAGGGACAAUCGUAUUGUGCAUCUCCAUGAGAAGGGUCUGGCCACAGUUCCCACUCUGGUGGACCUCAAUCUCCAGAACAAUCGUCUCGAAGAGAUCAACAGUCAACUUCUGGGAAAUUUGCCACAGCUCAAGAGAUUGGAUUUAUCCAGGAACAGCAUUUCCCUAAUCCCUCCGGAAACCUUCCGGCAUGCCCGGUCAAUUGAGGCUCUGGAUCUGUCCAGCAAUAGCCUGAGGGAAUUGCCACCGAGUCUGUCUGGACUGUCUGAUCUCCGUGAGAUUGAUCUGAGCUACAACAAUCUUGGGGACCUGCCACCGGACAUUGUGACAGCCUGGAGGAAUCUCGAGGAACUCCGUGCGGCCAGCAAUAAAGUCACAGAGCUCAAGAGUGGUUCCUUCCGGAAUCUACCUCAACUACAGUAUCUCGAUGUGUCCAGCAAUGAGAUGAGAAAUAUGGAAUUGGGAGCUAUAAGAAAUCUACCGGAAUUGCAAGAACUCGUCCUGGCAGACAAUCAUUUGCAGAAUCUGCCUGACAGAGUCUUCGAAAAUCUCCCAAAUCUCCAAGCUGUUCAUCUGCAGCAGAAUUUCCUGGCCACAAUUGCCCCAAAUACUUUCUAUCGCACUCCCUCGAUUGUCUACUUGAAUCUCUCGACCAAUAACUUCAAGGAUCUCGAGCACACGGGCUUGAGAUCUGUGAGGAGUCUUGAGGUGUUGGAUUUGUCAAAUAAUGGCAUCCGGAGAGUGACUUCCUCUCCACUGAGGCAACUGGAUUGGCUGGUGGAGCUCAAUCUGGACAAUAAUCGCAUCUGUAGGGUUCAGGGAGAGCCAUUUGCCUCAAUGCCGCGUUUGCGGGUAUUGAGCAUGCGAAACAAUAGAAUGACAUCCAUGCCGGAAGCUACUUUCCGGAAUCUGAGAACUAACAUUGCAAUCCUCGAUUUGGAUGGGAAUCCUCUGGAUUGCUCGUGCAAUUUAAUGUGGUAUCGUUCAUGGUUGCUGGAAAAUGAUUUUCAGAUACCCGGACCACGAUGCCGGGAUGGGACAAUGCUGAGGGAUAUUCGUCUGAGCCGAUCAGACUGUCAGGAUUUGGAUACGCGAAAUAGUCAACUCAAUCUUCCCCUAACCAAUGAGCAUGGGGACAUUUUUGCGCGCCAGAUUGACGAUGGGCCUUGUGAGGAAGCUCCCUAUGCUGAGUACCAGGGAAAUCUUCCCCCAUCCCCCGAAGAGAGUGAUUACUUUGAGAAGUAUGUAGAUUAUCCGCUGAAUGACACGCAUCCCUUGCUAAAUACAUCCCUGACCCCGACAAAUACCCCUCCGCCACUCAAUUUCUCCAACACAAUCCUUCGGCCACCGCCUCCUCCGCCGCCUCCGGGUGGGCCAGGAGCUGCUUUUACAUUCUUCGGCCUGCCGCUGACAACGCUGGGCUUGGGGCGUCUAUGGGGUCAGGGCAGAGGGAAUACCGAGCGAUCGGACAGUGUGGGAUCCAGAGGAAGGGGAAGGGUUCAAGUAUACCGUCCAGAUGAUCCGGAACUGUUGAAAUUGCUCGGGAAGAGCACAAAAAAGCCACAGAUGAGCGAUCCGGGAGCACCAAUGGCCAAGGAGAAUCCUCAGUUCUAUCGUCCGUACUUCCAGACGCCCUUCCACGAACCAUCCCAUGUGCAAUCCGGUGGAUUCGUUCCGAUGCUUCCGGGCGUCGCUGGAGGAUUCAUGCCUAUUAAUGAUCCCUUCAAGAAUGCCACAAAUUCAACAGGUCCCGAUGUCAAAAAUGCCACCAGUGAGCAUUCCUGGCCAGAGGAUUUCCAUGAGGAAGUCCCUCUGGUCACGGAGACGCCAAAGAGGGUCAUUGUGAAGGGGCAGCCAGUUAAACGUGGCCCAAUUCUCGUUGAGAGCGACACAGAGACUUCUGUUGAUGAGAGUCUCAAGACGGAGACUCUGUCAGAGCCUCCUGUUCCCACAACAACCAUUUCUCCUGUCCAGGAUGUCAUCUCUGACCUCAAUGACAUUACGCGGCAUGAGGAAUUGGAUUUGGCGGCUCCAGUGGAGGAUGCUUCUAGCUAUCCUCGCCCGCAGGAUUUCACGAAGGAACACAAAUUCUGGGAGAAUCCAAGUGAUACUCCCAGCUCUCUGUCUGCCCUUGUGGCACCAGGAGCUCAACAGGGAGGCCUCAAGGGUCCUCCGGGAAGAUCCACCAUCACCAAAGUCUUCACUCCAGCGCCAAUUUCUGUGCAGAAUCUUCCGGCAAAUGAUGAGUAUUUGCAUGUCCAGGGGCAGGACAAUGAGGUGGAUUCUAAUGAUUUCGUGACUAGUACUUCCGUGGUGGAAUCUCAUGUGCAGGAGCCCAAGAGCCGUGCUGACAUGGAUUGGUACUACAGGAGCUACAAUCAUACUCCGACAAGCCGAGAAUUUGACUACAGUCUUGAGAAUGUCCGGAGGAAUUCUGGGAAGAAGAUUGGGGACUUUGGGAGCUUUGGGAGCAAUUCACUGGGACUAGCUGGCAUCUUCCUGAUUCAUUGCCUAAGGAGCUUUGUGUAAAUACAGCAGGAGGUAAGUAAUUUUGUAGAUUUGAGAUUGUACAUAAGAGAAUUGUGAGGAAAUAAAUGUACCUACAGAAAUCCUAA